GCCCCGCGCUGCCCACUCCCGAUACUUCUGCCGCUCGCCUGCGCCCCGGAAGCUGCCCCUGCUCGGGGGUCACGAUGGGCAGCAAGAUGGCUUCCGCCAGCAGGGUCGUGCAGGUAAAUCCUGGGCCACUCCCGCGCAUGGGAAGGAGGGAUGAUCCGCCUGCCUCUGCCUCCCAAGUGCUGGGAUUAAAGGCAUCUGCUGGGCCCUCUCACUCCUCUGUAAUUUCACAGCAUUCUAAAGGAAGCAAAUCCCCAGAUCUGCUGAUGCAUCCGGGGCCACCAGACACUGCAGAAAUACUAAAAACAUUACCUCACAAGUACAGAAGGAAACCUAUAUCUCAAGAAGAAAUGGACUUCAUCCAGCGUGGAGGUCCAGAAUGACCGCUGUGGCUGCUGUUUGUCGCCAGACAAAAGGAUUAUCUUUACAAUAAAGGACUUCCAAAAUGUCAAAUGAAAAUUGUAUAUUAAGCAACCUUAAUAAAUAUUCUGCAAAAAAGAAUAAAGUAUAGAAACUCUAGAUGGCCACUUGUAUCUCCUCAAUGUAUCUUGGUCAGCUUCUCUAGCAAGCUGGUCUGCAUACCUAUUAAAGUCACAUUUUUACA